GAUGACCUCUUUUAUCACACUGCCAUUGUGAGGUGGACACGGCAGCCUUGAGCUUAUGAUCAUAUAAGUACUUGGUAUACUUCUGCACUUUCACAUGUGAGGUUAUAACGAACUGAAGGAAAGCUGGGAGUCAUCUUGGCAGAGUUUCUUUUGUAGAAAUAGAGAAGACAAUGUCUGCACAAAAAGGCCGAAGUGAAGACAGGAGCUACACUGACUGGAUGUCACAACUUCCUCCAGAGCUCCACAAUAAUCCUCUCCAUAAUCUGACCAUACCAGGAAGCCACGACUCGAUGAGUUAUGACUUGGACCUCAGCUCUGCUAUAAUAGAACCGGAUGGCCUGAAAAAACUGAGCAAAAUUUACUUCGCGCGGAAAAUACUGUACAAAUGGGCGAGGACUCAGGAGGAGAGCAUCUUGAAGCAGCUGGAUGCAGGAGUUCGGUACUUUGACCUGAGGAUCGCUCGAAAGGACAACGACCCCGACCCCAACCGACUUUACUUUUAUCACGGACUGUUAACACAAACUGAUGUGGAGACUAUCCUCAGGGUGAUGAACGACUGGGCAGAGAGGCAUCCCAAAGAGAUCCUCAUCCUCAGUUUCUCCCACUUUAAAGGCUUCGUCAAGCAGUACGAAGAUCAGCUGCACUGCCAUCUCAUCAACUUCAUCAAGACGCUGUUUGGAGCCAAACUCUGCAAAAGGUACCCCUUCCCCACCCUGAAGAGCUGCUGGGAAAACGGGACCAACGUCAUCAUCUCGUAUGACUAUCCGGCAAAUAUGCACCAGGAGAUAUGGGGCAAAAUACCUUAUUACUAUGGCAACAGUAUGGACAUCACAAAAGUUGAAACCAAACUUUGUUGUGUUCUGGAAAGGGACAGACCCUACCAGUGUCUGUUUGUGUGUGGGCUGAACCUCACUCUGCCAGAAGACCACAAAAUCCUCAAGUACAUCUUCUUCAGGAUGUGGGACAACCUGGCCAAAGUCAUCGAGAGGAGUCUUCCUCGGCUGCUGCACUGGGUCUCACAGCAGGGGGCCAAAACUCCCAUGAACAUCGUGGCCUCGGACGUGGUGACUCAGGACGGAUUUGUCGCCACCGUCGUCCAGCUAAACACUCGGAAAAAUGUGAAAGCAUAGGGGAGUGUGAUGCAUUGUGUCUUCUUUUUAAAGGAUCUUUUAAAAAGUUGCACCGUCCCAAAUCUUUGCUGCAAAAACAUGUCUUAAAAUUAUAUAUCUUUUGUAUUUUUGUUCACUUCAAAUGAGGGAAAUGUUAAUCCAACUUAAGUCCUGAUCAGCACUACAAAACAAUCUUAAUUAUCUGAUUUUAUUGCUAUUUAAAUGGAAGCUUGUUUAUAAAAUACCACUGUUGUCCAGCUCAAUACUCAGAAACAUGUGAUAGUAUAGGGGAGUGUGAUGCUAUGUUUGUAAAAUGUAAUUUUCUUAAAUGUUUUAUGUGAGGGAAAUUAGCUAAAAACUAAAUCUGGCACUGUUACGCUUGACACAUUUUAAUGUUUUAAGGGUUCAUUACUGUGCAUUGUGCCUUCCAAAUAAACGAUUAAAUGAU